UACUUGACUUUAUACUUAUUAAAAAGAAAGGAAGGAAGGAAGAAUGUUGUAGCAACGGAGGUUAACAGUUUUAAAGCAAUCGUCCCUUUCCAUUACAUCUUCACAUUACAAAGAUUUUCCUGAAAGCACGAGAGAAGAUCUCGAAAUUGAAGUCAAAGUUUCGCCUUUGUUAACGUCAUUCGCGCGCAAUGAGUGACGACGAACGAACAUUAAAACAGAAAAUUAUCUUCUACACAACCGCCUUCUUCGUACUGCUUGGCACAUUUAGUCUCUUCUCAUUUUUAUUUCUGGUUCCAUUCGUCAUCGAGCCAGCCUUUCAAACAAUCUUCAUGAAGUUUGAUGAGAAUCGAGCGCAAUGUUUCACUGACGAAACAAUCUCGAAAGCGGGAACAAAGAAUUGCACGUGGACGUCAUGUCGUGAAGGUUGUACGAGAGAUAUUUACACGUGCACACAAAUUUACGUAAACUACAAAAUAUUCUCAAAUGGAACAAAUCCAAAUGAUGAGACGGUUAUGGAUCCAUCAACGCCACCUGACCCAAAGUUACGAGAACAUCGUAGACGACGACGAUCCAUUGCUGAAUAUGAUUAUGUUGAUUCCAACGACAAUACACUCGAUAUGGGAGAGUCAAUUGAUGAAGAUGGUGUAGAUGAUUACCCCAAUGAGCCAACCGAAGGUCUCAUGCCGAACUCAUCAGAAUUCUUUUAUCGACGUGCUCGUCUCUUUCCGAACGUUAAAGGGUGUGGAUAUCCGCCAUUUCUCAAUUGCACAAUUUGGAAUAAAUUUUAUCAACAAGAAGGAGCAAAUUUCUCGUGUUAUUAUUCAACUGUCGAUCCACGUCUUGUUGUGACACAUCUUGACAUGUGGAAGAAUUCUCUUCAUUUGAUUCUUGCCAUGGCUAUUCCAAUUCCAUCAUUCAUCAUUUCGGUGAUUUAUUUAACAUUUGCGUACUUUAAAAUUUAUAAUGAAGAUGAAGAGAAUGAGCCACUCGAUAAGAAUGCUGAAGAGAUUGCAGAUGAUGACGCAAUUGAGGACGGAAAUCCGGCGAUAGAGCUCAAUGAAGAUGGAACGGAGAGAAGCAUAAACAAAGACAGUAAUGAGAAUGGCCAAGUGCCCAAUGGAAAUUCCCUCUCACCAUCAGCCGAAGCUAAUUCAUUCGGUCAUCAACUUAAAGUUCAGAUGGCUGAUGAAAUGUCACGCGAGAGUCUUGAAGGCGGCCUCAUAUCCAACUCAGAGUCCACUCAAGGCAAUAUGGCUAAAACGAUGAUGACUAGUAUCACAACGCCACCACACAGCUCAAUUGCUGCGGUAUAAAUAAUUAAAAUUUGCUUUGUCGCUCUCCUGCCCUCCCGCGCGCGCUUUCUUGGCAACAAUUGAUGGACUGGUGAAAUCGGCGUAAAACGUGUAUUAAUGUUAAGUGCUAAAGAAUUCUUUAUUAGAAAACAUAAAUAAAAAAAACAAAAACAAAAAAGUUCACUUUAAAUGAUCUAAGCGUAACUCAGCUGAGACGUGAUCAAAGCUUUGAUGCCAUUUUCAUAAUUUCAAAGUUUUAAGAUAUUGUACAUUAGAGUUUAAGUAUUAAAAUGAUAAUGAAAAGAUGACAAAAACUGCGUAGAAGUUUAAGUAAUUCUUAGCUCAUUUAUGAGUAAAUGAAGUGAUGAUUCAACGUCACUUGUAAUUUUAAAGG